AUGCCAUGGAGUGGAGUGUACGUAGCGAACAGAACAGUCCAGUGCCCACAAUGCGGGUACGGCGAAGAAGACUGUCUCGUCAUCAACAUCUUCACCCCCAUCCCUGACAAACGACAGCGCCGCACACGCCCCCUACCGGUCCUCGUCUACAUCCACGGAGGCGCCUUCAUCAGAGGAACGGCCCCAACCUCAGGCAUGGACUAUCUACUCAAACACGACAUAACUGUAGUCACUUUCAACUACAGAAUAGGUGUUUUAGGCUUCCUAUGCCUAGGCACUGAGGACGCACCCGGCAACGCUGGCUUGAAAGACCAAGUAGCAGCGUUGCAAUGGAUCCAAAGAAACAUUAUAAACUUCGGAGGGCAUCCAAGACAUGUUGUCAUCUAUGGCACGGAUGCUGGAGCCGUUUCAGUAGACCUUUUAAUCAUGUCCAAGAUGGGAGCCGGCUUGUUCAAAGGGGCGAUUAUAGAAUCCGGAUCCGCUACGUCACCGUGGUCAGUUGAUGUCGAUCCAAUAGGAACGGCUACUAAACUAGCAGAAACAUUGAACUUCUUCCCAAAGGAUAUAGACCACUUAGCCGAAUUUUACAGGAACAAAAUUGUCGACGACUUAACGAGCGUGAACGAGUUGUAUUUUAAUAGCUUAAAUGAUGGAACUGUUGGAUUCUCACCGUGUAUAGAAACAGCAAAUGGUGCAAAACCUCAUAUUAGACAAUUCCUGCAAGAGUCACCGUACGACAUGCUAAUAAAGGGGAAAUAUGAGUACGUACCCGUCUUGAUAAUUUUCUCAUCGUUAGAAGGACUUUUCUUGAAGAGUACGCAGUAUUAUGAACAAGUUUUUAAGGAGAGGAUGGAAACUGAUUUCGAAUAUUUCCUGCCGGCCAAUCUGGUUUUUGAAACUGAAGAAGAUAAAAAGGUUUUAGCUGAAGCGAUUAAGAUAUUUUAUUACGGGAAUAGGUCCAUAGGCCCGGAUACACUGGUCGAAAAUUUGGAGUAUUUUGGCGAUAGUCAUGUUUUGCAUGGAAUUUUGAAAUCCGCAGAACAACAUUAUAAACGCAUGCCUGUUUAUUUGAUGGAAUUCUUUUAUAAAGGCAGCCUGAAGAAGUACGAUCGAUUGUUUGAGAACAUAACCGUGGCGGGACAUAGUGCGGCAUCGGAGCAUGCUUUUGUUUCAGCGCCGAUCACGAAUUUGGAAGAUAUGCGAGCAGUGGAAACGUUUGCAGAGAUAUUGACGAACUUUGUGAAACUUGACCAACCAACGCCGCGCCUAACCUGCCUAUUGCCCAUCUCUUGGCCGCGAGUGGACAACUCACAAAAGAUGCAGUACAUGCGCUUUGACGGUAGCAUCAUGGUUGGCAUCAGGCCUCACUGGAGAAGAAAGCAGUUCUGGGAUAACGUGCUCAAGCUCUAUAGGGGGCAGAUUAACCCUGUAGAACCCUGUUGAAAAGUCGACUAGAGAUUGUGUGGAA